CCACUUCCCGUGCUAGACCAGGCUCCUCCCUCCCUCUGCAAGGCUCUCCACUGGCAGCAAGCUCCAGGGCGUCUGCUCCCGCUGCUUGCCUGCCUGCCUUCUUCACCUCUCCACCAGACAAGCCUGACAUCAAGACCCCAAUGGCUAAUGAAGCUAACCCUUGCCCAUGUGACAUUGGUCACAAGCUAGAGUAUGGUGGCAUGGGCCAGGAAGUUCAGGUUGAGCACAUCAAGGCAUAUGUCACCCGGUCCCCUGUGGAUGCAGGCAAAGCGGUGAUCGUCGUCCAGGAUAUAUUUGGCUGGCGGCUGCCCAACACCAGGUAUAUGGCUGACAUGAUUGCUGGAAAUGGAUACACAGCCAUCGUCCCAGACUUCUUUGUGGGGCAAGAGCCAUGGGACCCAGCUGGUGACUGGUCUACUUUCCCUGAGUGGAUAAAGUCAAAAAAUCCCAGAAAUAUCAAUCGAGAGGUCGAGGCUGUCAUGAGGUAUCUGACACAACAGUGUCAUGCCCAGAAGAUUGGCAUUGUAGGCUUCUGCUGGGGAGGAGCUGUUGUGCACCAUGUGAUGAUGACAUACCCGGAAGUCAGGGCAGGGGUGUCUGUUUACGGCAUCAUCAGAGAGUCCGAAGAUAUUUAUAAUUUGAAGAACCCAACGUUGUUCAUUUUUGCAGAAAAUGAUACCGUGAUCCCACUUGAGCAGGUCUCUGUGCUGACCCAGAAACUGAAGGAACACUGCAUAGUUAAUUACCAAGUUAAAACAUUUUCUGGGCAAACUCAUGGCUUUGUGCAUCGGAAGAGAGAAGACUGCUCCCCUGCUGACAAGCCCUACAUUGAGGAGGCGAGGAGGAAUCUCAUUGAGUGGCUGAACAAGUUCAUUUAACAGCACUCAAGCACACAACAGCUGUCAAUCAAGUCUGCCUGGACACAAUUACCCAGCUGAUUUCUUACUUUACUUAAAAUAUAGGAAUCGUAAAAACUUUUCUGAAACAUAGCAGAAACUACGUGAAAAAUACUUAACACAAUAGAAAUUUUUAAUAAAAGCUCGUUACCCGAAGACUUCAAAUGACAGUGUAACUAUAAUUAUUAGGGGAAUCUGGGGCCAUUCAGGGACCAGCUGGGUUCUCAGAUGUGGCUUUACAUUGUUAACUGAAGACUGUUAAAACAAGUUAUGUGCAAAGCCAGGAAGAUCACAAGUUGUCAACUAGGUAGGUUAACCCCCGCCCCCCAGAUGUUUAUGGGCUUUGGUGAAGCUCAAUGCCACCCAUAUGCACUUUGGUGUGAGUAGUGUUGGAAUUCAGCUCCCAUAGACCCAAUUAUUCAAUCUAAUAAACUGAUUUUUUUGAAUUUA